AUGGAGCGAAGGCGUUUGCAAAGUCAUCAAAUCUUAAGACCCACCAGAGAACACACACAGGAAAGAAACCUUUUAAGUGCAGUGUGUGUGGGAAGGCGUUUGCAAAGUCAUCAAUUCUUAAAUCACACCAGAGAACACACACAGGAGAGAAACCUUUCAAGUGCACUGUGUGAGAAGGCGUUUGCACGGUCAUCCAUUCUUAAAUCACACCAGAGAACACACAAAGGAGAGAAACAUUUUAAGUGCACUGUGUGUGAGAAGGCGUUUGCACGGUCAUACAUUCUUAAAUCACACCAGAGAAGACACACAGGAGAGAAACCUUUCAAGUGCGCUGUGUGUGAGAAGGCGUUUGCACUGUCAUGCAUUCUUAAAUCACACCAGAGAACACACACAGGAGAUAAACCUUUCAAGUGCACUGUGUGUGAGAAGGCGUUUGCACAGUCACCACAUCUUCAAAGACACCAGAGAACACACACAGGAGAGAAACAUUUCAAGUGCAUUGUGUGUGGGAAGGCGUUUGCACAGUCAUCACAUCUUCAAAGACACCAGCGAACACACACAGGAGAUAACCCCUUCAAGUGCAGUGUGUGUGGGAAGGCAUUUUUUUAUUCAUCUACUCUUAAACAACACCAGAGAACACACACAGGAAAGAAACCUUUUAAGUGCACUCUGUGUGGGAAGGCGUUUGCAAUGUCAUCAAAUCUUAAGACCCACCAGAAAACACACACAGGAGAGAAACCUUUUAAGUGCACUCUGUGUGGGAAAGCGUUUGCAAAGUCAUCAACUCUUCAGACCCACCAGAGAAUACACACAGGAGAUAAACCCUUCAAGUGCAGUGUGUGUGAGAAGGCGUUUUCAGAUUCAUCUGCUCUUCGACGACACCAGAGAACACACACAGGAGAGAAACUCUUCAAGUGCAGUGUUUGUGGGAAAGCGUUUGCACAUUCAUCAAAUCUUAAAAAACACCAGAGAACACGCACGCAUCAGAAAAUCCACAAGAAGUGUAAUCUGAAAUCAGCUUGUGAAAGCCAAAGUGCUGCAAUGACCCCAUUGUUCAUGAAACAAGAACCAGAAGACAAUCCCAGCCUGGACACUUUGAAAGGUAUCAAGGUGAAAUAUGAAGAGGCGAAAGUGAAAUGUGAAGAAGUAACAGUGAAGAGCGUAGAAGUGAAGGUUAAAUUUGAAGAUUAUUCAACUCCAAAAUCGGACCUUCACAUAGAUGGAGGCAGUGUGAAACAGGAACUAAAUUCUGACUGUGAGGCAGAGCGAGGCAACUCCCAGGAGUUUGUGGAGGUGUGGGUGGACUUCUUACACAAUACAAAGUCAAAUGGAGACCAGGUAGAUGUGCAAGCUUGAGACAAUUAAGCUCCAAUGGAUGCACCUUUGUCACAGGCCUUUCUAAUGAAUAUAAUGUGAAGUUGAACACUCAAUUUCUAGGUUCAAACUGCAGUGUAAGAGUGGCCAGUAUUUGUGAACCUGUGGGUUGGGUCGAUCUCUAACCAGGAGUCACUCAAGUGUUUUGUAUCAUAUCACAUCGUAGACGCUCGAUGGGUGCCCAUAAUGGGCAUCUGCCCCUGUGUGCCACAAGGUGACCGUUCACUGGCCUGUAUGUGGAUAUGAGUUUGUAAGUCUGGGGCGAUGAUUGAUAUGCCAGUCGGAUUUGAACCUUGAACCUCUGCAACAAAUAGAGAAUGUACUACUACUUGGCUUCCCUCUAUAAGAAUGCUGCACAUAUAGGCCUAAUCUUGUCAGAGAUCAACUUAUAAAUACGUUGUAAUGUGA